AUGGCCGUCGAGCAAGCAGAUGGCGCCGCCCAAACAAAGGGCAAAUCCGGCUACUCAAGCGGUGAUCGCAUAAUUUUGACAACAUAUCCUGGACAAAGUGUCGUCGAUCCCAUCCCCUUGAACUGGGGCAAUGGAAACCCCGAAGAACGCGGCCCCGUCUUAGUCUCUCGUGAGUCGAACACCAUCACACGACGAAAUGCUAUCGGCGCCCACGGCGGGAGUUAUUCUGUAUAUAAUGCUCUAGCAGUCGCCGCGGGCGACCUUCCUCCAAACUUUAAACCAAGCUUUGAAAAUACUCAGCCUAUCUUCAACUUCCCAGCCCAGCCAGCAUGGGGCGACAAGACCAAGAUCGUCUCAAUGGAUCCAUUUGGUCAUGAUAUUGUGCGGCAUUACAAGAGACACCUUGAUGCGGGGCUCGAUGUUCGUCCUACGAUCGCUGUGACGAAGGCUACGAUGCGACUGGCUGAGAUAACUGAGUCUAUCAGAGAUGGAAACCUUGAAGUUGAUGGCGACAUUGUUAUUAGCAAAGAAGGUGAUGUGCGAGUUACAAAAGCUGCAGUUGAGCCUGUUUGGUAUUUACCAGGCGUGGCGGCAAGAUUCGGUAUCGAUGAGGGUACACUUCGCCGAACGCUCUUCGAACAGUGUGGUGGAAGUUUCCCAGAGUUGAUUACACGGCCGGAUAUCAAAGUCUUCCUGCCUCCGAUCGGUGGCCUGACUGUUUAUAUUUUCGGAUCUCCUGACAAGGUGUCCAACCCCGACGUCAAGCUCGCGCUCCGCAUUCAUGAUGAAUGUAAUGGGUCCGAUGUCUUCCAAUCUGAUAUCUGCACUUGCAGACCUUAUUUAGCAUUUGGAAUUGAGGAGGCUAUCAAGGAAGCGCAGAAAGGUGGAUCAGGUGUUGUAAUCUAUUUCCGGAAAGAAGGCCGGGCUCUUGGCGAGGUUGUGAAAUAUCUUGUCUACAAUGCGCGCAAACGUGGUGGUGAUACUGCCGAUAAAUACUUCACUAGGACGGAGAACAUUGCCGGUGUCAGAGAUAUGCGCUUCCAGGCUCUCAUGCCUGAUAUUCUUCAGUGGCUGGGAAUCAAAAAGAUUGAUCGCAUGCUAUCCAUGUCGAAUAUGAAACAUGACGCGAUCGUGGAACAAGGCAUCCCGAUUUUAGAACGCAUUCCGAUUCCCGACCAUAUGAUCCCUUCGGACUCCCGCGUGGAAAUUGAUGCUAAAAUCAAUGCUGGAUACUUUACAAUGGGUAAGAAAUUCACGGACGAGGAGUUAGCACAAGUCAAGGGGCGCGGAUGGCAAAGUUGGGAAGAUGUCGACCACUAG